CUCGUUUCGUUAAACGCAUCCUUACUCCUGCAAGUAUUCACCGCCAAAUAAAAGUAAAGCGUAAAAACUUCACUUCCGAUGAUUUCUUUGGUGGUAUAGACAUUGACCAUUUUUAUAAAUUAUCCGAACAAAUUAAGGCACUCAGGCGCCAAAUUGGAGAGAAUGCUUUGAUUUACGUGACAGAGGAAAAUCGCCUGACCCGUGGCCACUUGGCUCCCAAAGCUGACAUGACAUACAGUGGCCAACAAAAGGGCACUUUUCAUCAUCUAAAUGUAAUGCCACAAUGGGAGUCCCAAAACAAAGGUAAUUGGUCGCACCUUGAGGAUGACGUCCGUCAGUUCACUCAUGACAGUAAUAAGACCCUAAUCUACUAUACUGGUACCUGGGGUGUUUGCACUUUGCCAGAUGUUCUCAAUAUACAACAGGAGUUAUACCUAGGGGACGAUAAUAAUGUCAUACCAGUGCCGAAACUGUUUUACAUUGUUGUUAUCGAUGCUGACUCCCGUAAAGGAAUCGCUAUCGUUGGGGUGAAUAACCCCUAUCUGAAAAAUGAUGAACUGAAAACCGGAGGAUAUCUGAUUGCGGAGGAUGUAUCAGACGAUGUUGAUUGGAUUAAAUGGGAUAGGAAAAACAUCAAGAAGGGUGAUCGUUGUUGGAAUAGGAAAAACAUCAAGAAGGGUUAUUGCUACGCCGUUUCAGUACCAGACUUCGUAAAGGUUGUGAAAGAUUUGCCGUUGGUUGGCUUAGAGACGUCCGGAAUUUUGGGUUUGAAGGAAUUGUCCAUCUAGGAUCAGCAUCUUUUUUUAUAUUAUUAUAAUCUCAAUAAUAUUUUUUUAAAAACAAAUUUAUUAAAAAAAAGAAAUUAGUUUUAUUCUGUAGUAAGUGCA